GAGCAGGAGCAGCCGAUGUGUGGCCAAUAUUGGAGAAUACGUCGAGACUUCAUCGCGUUUCCAACCAAAAUUCAUUGAGCAGCAAAGGAGGUCAGCGUGAUGAGCCGUUAGCUGCACUAGCUACAUUAGCGAUAUUAGCCUUGGACAGCACAGCAGGACAUCACUCACAGUAGGCACCAUGACGUCUUCCAUGCUGCGCCGACAGCUGAAGAACCUGGUCCAGAACUAUUCUGAGGCCGAGGUUAAGGUUCGAGAAGCUACGUCCAACGACCCGUGGGGCCCGUCCAGCUCGCAGAUGGCCGACAUCUCCGACCUGACCUACAACGUGGUGGCCUGUAAUGAGAUCAUGACCAUGCUGUGGAAGAGGCUCAAGGACGACAGGAACUGGCGGCACAUCCAUAAGUCACUGACGCUGCUGGAGUACCUGCUGAAGACGGGUGACGACCGUGUGCUCCUCAAGAUGAAGGACAACAUCUACAUCGUCAAAGCCCUCACCGAGUACAGAUUUGUGGAGAAAGACGGCAAAGAUCAGGGUUCAAACGUGCGAGAGAAGGCCAAAGUGGUCCUGGUCCUGAUGGAGGACGACGACAAACUAAAGGAGGAGCGGGACUUUGCUGUUAAGACUCGAGAGAAGACGUCCAAAGGUUCUGCGGCCUCGUCCUCGGACGUCGUCAAGGACCCCAACUAUAAGCCAUGCUACGUUGCCGGCGCCUCGGGGCUCCCGUCGCUGGACAACAUUCCCUCGGUGGCCGACCUCACCGCCUCCUUCGCCGCCCGCAAGGAGGAGCGCGUCAAACAGGAGCAGCAGAAAAAGGAGACCGAAAGGAGGGCCAACAUGUCAGAAGACGAGCUGAAAUGGGAAGAUGCUGGAAAAGGAAGCUCCGUUGCGAAUCAGGCCUGGUCAGGUCAGAAGUCGGAGGAAGACGGUGAGGAAGAUGCCAAGCCUGACCCCUGGGGGCCCCCCAAGGUGGCCCCUGAUCCUUGGGGCGCCUCAGAUUCAGGUCUUUCUCAAACUGAUGACAAUUCUUUGGAGAGCGCUCAAGUUUCGGACGGCCAUCCUCUUAAAGCACAAACAGACACGCCAGACCCCUUUGUGGCACAAAACCACGCCCCAAAACCAGCAGAAUCCCUCCAGGACCAGACCGAAAACCAAGAGGACCCCUUCACUGCUUCCAACAAUGACCCAUUCAGCAGCUCAACGGAGCGGCCCUUGAAUGCACCCCAAGAUGACCCCUCUAAAGAUAACCCACCCAAAGAUGACCCUUUUAACACCCCAAAAGGGGACCCAUUCAGCACCCCUAAAGACGACCCCUUCAACGCCCCAAAAGAUGAUGCUUUUACUACUCCAAAAGGGGACCCAUUCAGCACCCUUAAAGAUGAUCCAUUCAGCACCCCCAAAGACGACCCAUUUAAUACCCCGAAAAAUGACCCAUUCAACACCCCGAAAGAUGACCCAUUUAACACCCCAAAAGAUGACCCAUUUAACACCCCGAAAGAUGACCCAUUUAACACUCCAAAAGACGACGCUUUUAGCACCCCAAAAGAUGACCCAUUUAACACCCCGAAAGACGAUGCUUUUAGCACCCCAAAAGAUGACCCAUUUAACACCCCAAAAGACGACCCAUUUAACACCCCGAAAGACGAUUCUUUUAGCACCUCAAAAGAUGAUCCAUUUAACACCCCGAAAAAUGACCCAUUUAGCACCCCAAAAGACGACCCAUUUAGUACACCUAAGAAUGAUCCCUUCAGCACCCCGAAAGACGACCCAUUUAGCACCCCUAAGGAUGACCCCUUCAUCACCCCAAAAGAUGACCCAUUUGCCGCCCCUCUCGUAUCAACUUCCUGUGAAGAAAUUCCGCCUACCGACCUCAGCGUGCCCCCAAAAAAUGAUCCAUUCAGCACCCCAAAAGAUGAAGAAGUCUCGGCACCCCCUGAGGGCGACCCUUUCUCGGCGCCACCCGACGAGGACCCCUUUUCCGGCCCCGCAUCGUCCCCCAAAGACGAAGAAAAAGGCGGGACGUCGGAUCCCUUUGCCGCGCUUCCACUGAGUCAAAGCGGGGGGGACGCGUGGGGGGCUGCCACUGACUCUGCACCCCCCACCGGCUCGGACCCGUGGGGGUGUGGUGCGUCUUCCCCCGUUGAUGAUUGCGACCCGUUCGGAGACACCUCCAAUGCUCAAAAUGACCCCUGGGGGGCGCCAGGUUGCGCCGAUGCAAAGGAUAUCCUGGGGUCUCCGAGCGCCCCUCACCCGGGUGAUGACCCCUUUGGAGACUCCAAAAGCAGAGCAGGCGCAGAAAACUCUUUUUAGAAUCUGGACUCGCUGUUGCUUUUUGGGCUGGGCAGCGAGGGGGUGAAGCUUCUAGACAUGAACCGCCUGAAAACUGCGCCUCCAUCCCAGCAUGUCGAUAUCCCGCCUAUUGCCCCUCAGGACCAAGCCCCACCCCCCCAACUAAGGAGAGGUAGUCCCCGAGUGUUGUGAUGUUUCCACGGUCAUGUGACGAGCAGGGAGGGGUGGAGGUGGUGCAACUCGUGAAAAUGAAUCCGUUCGUUUAGCUCCUCCUGCUCGCCUUGUACUCUCGCUGUGGUGUAGUGUUGUUGUGUUGAUGUUGUUAGCAUUAGCAUUGCGCUAACUCCGCACCCCUCCCUUCCGGCUGGGACAAAUGGCAUGGGCCGCCUUUACAUUUUGUAGCCCCAACGGGUACGCAAACGGUCAAUAUGUACGCGUUCACAAUCACGUGUACAUUUGCACUCAUGCACACAUGCGUUACCUGCAAGCGAGCCUGUUUCCACACAUGUGUAAAGCAAGUAUUGUGUGAUUCAUGUGUGUGAGUGUGUGUGUUAACAUAAUGACACAUGAAUCUUUCCGUCAAGUAUUUAAUUCAUAGCUUGAAUAUUUAUUGACGCGGCGUGUGCAGCAAAAAUGAAAUUGAAUUGUUGUUGUUGAUGAUGAUGAGAAAUUACGCUUCAUAAUUCAUCAGAUCAUGAAGUGUAUCCAGACAAAUUAACUACUACACCGUAUCUUUCAUUUGUCAUUUUUUUAAAGGAAAACCUUAUUUUUGCAGUGUGUGUGUGCUGUAGGAAUUACAUUUAUUUUUUAUUGCUGUAAUUUUUCACAUAUUUCUAUUUGAAUGUUUUCUGUCAUUUGGCUUUCCGUUUGAAGACUUUCUGAGCGUGACCACAAGAGGACGACAAAGACGUGGCAUGUAGGCGUUGCAUACAUUCGCGAGAGAUAUUUAUUAUUGUCGUGAUGUAAAUAGUGACCUGCUGCUGUUAUAUAUUCAUGUUGUAUAUUGUUCAUAAUAAUAAUUAAAUACCAAGUUCCGAUUUAUUUAUUGAA